CCGAAACAAGUGGGUAGCAACGAUUCUCUCUUUACUGUCCCUUUCCUCAACCCUUUUGCCUCUUCUCUCUGAAGGCUUUGCAGAGGCAAUCUGGUGUGGAUUAGUUAGGACUGAAUUAUCCAUUGGGUGGCACUAACAGUUUCUUUAUGACUUGCAGCAAAGCAGAGAAUGCAUUCAGUCAAAUGAACCGAUUUUGUAGAAACACUGGAAUCAUUUAUGCAUUGCAUUGCAGUUUCUGUUCGUCCUCUUUCGUUCUCUCCUGCUCCCUCUUUUUAUCCCUCCUUUGUUGCCUGCAUUAGAUAGACUAUUCAGAGUGGAUUGACAUUUUUUCUCAUGCUUGUUCUUUUGGUUUGUUGAUUUGUCAUUUUCAUCGAAUAUUAUCAUCAUUCAAGGAAAACGGACAACUGUGGGGUUUCUCCUCCCUUCCGUUUUCCUUUUUUUUUUAAGAAGCCUUUUGCUGAUCGAGAAUUUUAGGACCCAGGAGACAUCUUCUGAAACAGCAGGAGCUGCUUGCUUUCCACAUAGCUGUAUAGUGCAAGGAAAACCCCGUCGAAUUCGUUAUUGAAGGAUACUUGGAAUAUACCCGGGAUUCGGGCUUCUUAUGGCUGUGCGGUUGCUUUGGAAUUUUUACAUGUGUUUCGAGAAAUUUUGAAAAGGCUCCAUGCUCAUAACCCAGGACUUCCUUUCUUGUCCUUUCUUGUGCUCGUAGACUUCUUAGCUCAUCGAUCUUUUCGUCCUCUUCACCUGCUUCUAGCAAGCUUUUCCGCCUUCUUUUGCCUUUUAUUUUCUCGGCUAAUUUUAAUUUGGGGUUCUCACCUGGAUUGUACCAUCGGUGAACAACCUGGCCACUUUGAGGACAAGCAGGAAGCAAAUCUUGCAAGGGAUCUCUAGCUCUACAUGGAAUUAUCUGCUUGGAUGGUGAAUUUGGCGCUUGUAAAUGGGCAUCUCUUUUCCCUUCUUAAUUGUUAGAAUUAGGAAAAAAGAAUCCAGAGGAGUUCUAAAACACCGUGGGUUCCGUGACUACGUAUUGUGAUGAUCAGUACUAAUCUUACUCACUGAUACCGGGAGAAAAUUUUUUACAAGACUGUGGGAACAGCCUUGGAGAACUAGAAAAUGAAUGUUCCAGUUCCUCACUUAAUUAUCUUCUAUGCAAGUCUUGUUCAAUGUUUGAAGGUUGUGACCAAAAGGGGUUCAGCAGAUGGAUGUACUGACUGGUCAGUGGAUUACAAAAAGUAUCAAGUCUUAGUGGGAGAACCUGUUCGUAUAAAAUGUGCACUGUUUUAUGGUUAUAUAAGAGCAAAUUACACCAUAGCACAAAGUGCUGGACUCAGUUUAAUGUGGUACAAGAGUUCUGGACCUGGAGAUUUUGAGGAACCUAUAGCUUUUGAUGGAAAUAGAAUGAGCAAAGAGGAAGAUGCUAUUUGGUUUCGUCCAACACUGGCACAAGACAGUGGGCUUUAUGCAUGUGUCAUAAGAAACUCAACCUAUUGUAUGAAGGUAUCCAUUUCACUGACGGUGGGUGAAAAUGACACUGGUCUGUGCUACAAUUCAAAGAUGAAAUAUUUAGAAAAAGCUGAACUUAGCAAAAGCAAAGAAAUUUCAUGCCCCGACAUACAGGAAUUUUUAAUAUUAUAUAGAGAGCCAGAAAUCUUAUGGUAUAAGGAAUGCCAAGUCACAACCUGGAGACCAAGUGUUUUGUUCAAAAAGGAUACUCUUGUUAUCCGGGAGGUUAUAGAAGAUGAUAUUGGAAAUUACACUUGUGAAUUAAAGUAUGGACUCUUUUCUGUCAGAAGAACCACAGAAUUAACUGUUACAGCCCCACUUACAGAAAAACCACCAAAGCUUUUGUAUCCUUUGGAGAGUAAGCUGACAAUUCAAGAGACACAGCUGGGCCAUUCUGCUAAUCUAACUUGUCGAGCAUUCUUUGGAUACAGUGGAGAAGUCAGUCCUUUAAUGUAUUGGAUGAAAGGUGAAAAGUUUAUUGAGGAUUUGGAUGAAAGUCGGGUUUUGGAGAGUGAUAUUAGAGUCCUUAAAGAACAUCUUGGAGAACAAGAAGUUUCCAUCUCAUUAAUUCUUGAUUCAGUGGAAGAAGGGGAUCUUGGAAAUUACUCCUGCUAUGUUGAAAAUGGUUAUGGCCGCAGACAUGCUACAGUUAUUCUACUUAAAAGGGAGCUGAUGUAUACAGUUGAACUUGCUGGAGGACUUGGUGCUAUUUUGCUGCUACUUGUUUGUUUAGUGACUAUUUACAAGUGCUACAAGAUAGAAAUUAUGCUAUUCUACAGGAACCAUUUUGGUGCAGAAGAACUAGAUGGAGUACAAGAAAGGGACGCAGUGGCUCAGUAG